UGUGGAGAAGAGAAAAGAACGCUCUUUCGCUUUUAUUAAAAAAACAUAAAAAAAUAAUUUUAAAAAUAAGAUAUUUGCAUGAUGAAAAGCUCCUUUUUAGUAAUUUUUUUCGUCUCUAAAACGGGUAACGGUUUUUUAUUUCUAGCUUUUUGGUUUCUGUUAGGAAGGAGGAGAGCGAGAGAGUGAGGGCGUGGUUUUGUGACUGGGAAUGAGAAUUGGGACGUAGAGGUGGUGCUAACGUGACAGUCGUGGUGAUGGAGGAAGACGACUGCUGAAUGGAAUUCUCAUUCGGUGCCGGAAUUCCGAUGUCCCGAACACCAGCGGCGGGGCCUGAAGGAACGUCGCUUUCACCGUCUUUGAAUCAAGGCCUCUCUCUACCCUUGGUUUUAUUUCUUUAAGCUAGUUUAUUUUUAUCAGCAUUAUUUUAUUCUUAUUUCUCGUUUUUUUUAUUUUGUGAAACGCAAGAAAAUGCGGUUUACAUGUUCUUUUUCCUAUCGUUAAUUCUUCUUUUGGCCAUUUUUGUGGUGAACUCUGGUUUGAUCACUGUAAAAAAAUAUCAAUUUUCUUAGGUUAAGUUUUAAAAAAAUUAUGUAAAAUUUUGAAUUUCUAUAUUAAUCUUAAAAUUUUAAUUGUGUUUCAGAAAAUGAAAAGGAAGAAAAUUUAUGGUGAUCAUGAAUUAUUGCAGCUUUCAUCAUGAUGACGUGAUCGAAUGUGAUGCAGUUCUUAUUCUUAUACGUGUAUAUAUGAAUUUGUAUAUGUGUGUAUAUAAAUAAUGAUGAUGACUUUUGUUGUCAAGAAAAAAACAAGUUGUUCAAGCAAUCUUGUCAUAGUACCUUUUCUACGAAUUUUAUUUGAUCAUACUAAAACCUGAGCUGCACUAAUUUUCUAUGUAUGAGAUUUUGAGCUGUUCUGUUCAUCAAAUGCAAUUGAGGUGGAUAUGAUUGUUCUAGUUGGUCUCUGUUUACAUCUUUUUGUUUUUAUCACUGUUACACUGAGGGUUAUUUAAUAUUUAAGAUUGGUUCCUCAUUUUUUCAUUGAAUGUUAGUGGAAAUGCAAUUAGACACUAUAGGGGCAUUAGGUUUAGACUAAAUAAUCAUUCUUUUGCUGGAAUUUACGAGUAAAACUGUAAAAGUUUGGUACUUUUGCCUGAGGUUUUGUCAUAAAAUCUAGGAGGGUACAUGGUUGCGAGAAAAAAUAUCUACCUUGUUUUUUUCUAAUUAAACAUAUGGUCUUUCUUUUAUUUUUACUUUUUGAAAGUAAGAAGUUGGGGUUGAUAAUCAAAUAUACUUAGAUUUCUCCUUGUUUACAUGUUAUAUGUUAUUUAUAUGAAGCAAUGUUCUUUUUUUUUUUUUUGAAAGAAUAUAUGAAGCAAUGUUCAUCAUGCAGGAAGAGGGACAUAUAACAUAGAAUCAUGAUUCUCCAAUGAGUUCAUUUGGUUUGUGAUGGACAUAAAAAAGAAAAAAUAUGAACCUUUUGUCUGAUUUUCUUUUGUUCUUUAGACCUAACUACUCAUCUUUCCAAUGCAUUGCUUUUAACAUUUCGGCCUACUUUUUGGAAAGGUAAGGAAAGGAGGGAGAAUGGGUGGUGGGAGUGUGAGGAGAAGAGGGGGCCGGAGAGAGUGGAUGGUACGUGGCAAAUAAACUUGAGAUCCAGUGAAACAAUGGAACCUGGUCCCUACCCAGAGCGUCCUGGAGAACCAGAUUGUUCUUACUAUAUAAGGACAGGCCUUUGUAGAUUUGGGGCGACAUGUCGUUUUAAUCAUCCUCCUAACAGAAAGCUGGCGAUUACUACUGCAAGGAUGAAAGGAGAGUUUCCGGAAAGAGUAGGACAACCAGAAUGUCAGUACUACCUGAAAACAGGAACUUGCAAAUUUGGAGCAACAUGCAAGUUUCAUCAUCCUAGAGACAAAGCUGGGAUAGCAGGAAGAGUUUCCUUAAAUUUUUUGGGUUAUCCUCUUCGCCCAAAUGAGACUGAGUGUGCAUAUUAUCUAAGAACUGGACAAUGCAAGUUUGGGAGCACUUGUAAAUUCCACCAUCCUCAACCAACUAACAUGAUGGUUUCCUUGCGAGGAUCUCCUAUUUAUCCGACUUUCCCAUCACCAACCACUUCUGGUCAGCAGUCAUUUCUAGGAGGGCUUACAAACUGGUCAAGAGCCUCUUUCAUUCCCAGUCCCCGUUGGCAAGGUCCUUCAAGUUAUGCACCUUUGAUUUUACCCCAAGGGAUGGUAUCGGUUCCAAGCUGGAAUGCUUACGGUGGUCAGUUGGCUUCAGUAUCUUCUUCAGAGAACCUGCAGCAGACAAAUGGAAAUAACCAAAUCUAUGGAACCUCUCGUCCAAAUGAAUCAGCAUCUGCGGGAUCUCAAGCCUUAUUUUCUCAAUUUCGUUCUGGCUCUGCCCCUGUAGGUUUUUAUGCAUUGCAAAGGGAGAAUGUAUUUCCUGAGAGACCUGGCGAGCUCGAGUGCCAAUUUUACAUGAAGACUGGAGAUUGUAAAUUUGGUGCAGUUUGUAGAUUUCAUCAUCCAAGAGAGAGAGUUCUUCCUGCCCCUGAUUGCAUAUUGAGUCCUAUAGGCCUUCCUUUACGUCCGGGAGAACCUCUAUGCAUUUUCUAUUCUAGAUAUGGAAUUUGCAAGUUUGGUCCAAGUUGCAAGUUUAACCAUCCUAUGGGAGUUUUCACAUUCAAUUACUCUGCAUCUUCUCCAUUUGAAGCCCCAGUUCACCGUUUGUUGGGGUCUUCGUCAGGAAGUGGUGGGAUAAACCUUUCAUCAGAAGGGCUUGUUGAAGCAGGCUCUACAAAGCCCAGACGACUUUCACUGUCAGAGAACAGACAAUUGUCUUCCAGUGAUGACAGUAUUGAUACAGAGGGAUAAACACGGAAACAAGAUGCGCUGAUUAUAGUUGACAAUCUUUUGGUGGAUGAGGAAGAGUCAUCUGUAAAUUCAUUUCCCAUUGUUGGGGAUGUACAGAGUUCAUGUCAAGUUGAUUCUGUUCUUUUAAAAUAUAUGCAAUUCAGUCGACAGUUGCAUCUUCUGAAUUUCAUAUUCCUGCAUUUGUAUAAAUCUGAAACUGAUGUCACAUUUGGUAAACCCAAUGUGAACAAUUCAUCUGUCCCAAAGCUGUGUUAUGUUUCUUUCACAGUAUGUUAUACAAGGCAUUUCUUUUGCA